AUGUACCUACGACUCCUCCGCUGCUUAAUAGUGUCGACGAACCUGAACAGCGACGAGCCUUCCGCCUUUGCAGAUGACGCCUUAGUGGCUGAAGCUGCGACGCCCGUGAAGGUGGCACUAGCCGGGACCUCACAUUCGCGGUGCUUUGCCCGAGCGGUCCACUCGGUCGUCUUCCGGCCUAUGGCUUUGGAGGAGAGGCCCAUUGUGGUGGGCGGACUCCUUGCUCUCUGGCCGGGCACCUGGGAGUCUCCACGGCUGCUUCCCAUCUUCAUGUCUGCCGCACGCUUCGUCUUCGCCAAGGCGAGGGCGGCGAGGGAGGGGCUCGUGUCGCGCAAGGUCUAUCCCCUCCUGGCGCAGCGCUUGGAGAUUCCGCUGGCAGUGAUCGUCAUUGCCGCGCUGGUUCUCCAGGCCGUUUGGUCCUGGGAGUGCUGGGCGUGGUGUGGGCAUGUGCAGCAGAAUCUGGACAACUUCCUCAGCAUUCCGGCCCCUACACAGCAUGUUAUGCACAAUGUGUGCGAUUUCUUUGGUGACUUCAUGCAGCACCUAGCGCAGUUCAUGUGGUUUCGUGGUGCCGGCCCAGUUGGUGCGACUCCACUUGGCCUUGGCCAGGCCACCUUGGUCUUCGUCCUCUACGUUCUUAUACCCGGCAUCUCCAUCUGCCUUGCGACACGUAGUAUCCUUCAGGGAGCCAACGAGGCCUGUCUGGUUGAUGCAAGUGGCUUCCUGCGAUGGGCCGGUGACCAGGCUGACGACGCGGCGUUAGAUGGGCAGGCACCACCCAGAUUUGCAGCAUGCCGGGAGCAGGUGAUGCGAUACCGGCAGUGGCUGUGGAUGGGGCUUUGCAUCGACUUCGUCCUCGAGGAGAUCAUGGGCCGAGUUUGCGGGCUGCACAGCCUUCGGCUCUUGGGCCCAGCUUUGAGUUCCACUGGCGCCACGCUUGUGGAGUAUCGCACUCUGGCAUUUGCCGCGGGUUUGGUCGCAGCUGCUGCGCAGGCUCGUGUGCUCGAGCUCCUCCAGCGCCGGUCCGUUCUGCUGCGGUUGCUCGGGGCCAGGAAGGCUUUCAUAGGCGGCAUCACUUUGCUGCUGAUGGGGGCGUUCGCAGUGGUGCAGCAGCCGCGAACCAUGACUUUCUUGCGGGAGGUCUCCCCCACGCCAUGGUGGUGCUGCAUGAUCCUCUGGCUUCGUCAGUAUGGGGCCCUCGUCGGCGGUCUCAUCCCCUUAGUCUUCUACGUGCUUCAGCAGCCGCAGUCCUUCGGGCGUUUGCCCAUGGAUUCGCUGGUGCCUCUCUCCGUCGCCGUGGGGGGCGUACUAGGUCAUUUGUUCUGCCAGUCCUUUACCAUCCUUUGGCAAGAGAAGCGCGAGCAUCUGGAAUCUGACUACCGCGUGAUCUUCCUCUUCCCGCACAUGAGCUCACAGGCAAGGUCAAAGGCCUCCGUGGCCAUGCGCGUGGCGCUGAAGCGCGGUGCGGAGGCGACCAAGAAUACAGCGGCCGAGUGGGUUGCUGCCCGAGCUGUGAGGACCAGCAUGGACUUCUUCCUCCGGGCGCUUACCCGGCGCACCGCACUCCCUGUGGACUAG